AAACCGUCAUCUAAGCCUCGAAGAUCCCAAGAUUCAUCUGAAGAGCCAAAGCCGAAGCGUGGUAGAAUUAACCGAAAGUCUCUAGAUGGUGAAAACUCUCGUUUUGUGCAGAGCUACUCAAUCUUUGAGAUGGGCGUCGGUUGCGUUGUCAAGACUGACAACCAUUCUGUCGAAUUGCGUAUGUUCUAUCUCUCCUAUCUGUUAGUCGCUUCUUCCUCCCGCGUCUCCUUGUUAGUGGAGUUUAAAAUGACAAAACUUUCUGGUGAUGCUUUCUGCGGAAUCGCUCUGCAAUCCUCCAGUGGAAGAAGCGUCAAAAAAGUCCUCAAUGACGAGGCACCAUCAACGUCCGCGGUAGCAUUGCCCACCGCGCCGUGCCCCCGCCCGGAGCCCUUUGUCACGGAUGUCAGUCAGUUCUUCUCCUUCCCACCGACAUUCAUGCCGCCCGACUCCCCCACCCGCUCCCCCGGUGAUCCCUCGUCUCCGGUCAAAAACGCAGGUCCCGUUUCAAAGGCAAAGAGCUGCGCUUCUGUCAUUCCAUCGCAGCUUUUCGAUGGAACCUCCUCCACCGGCAGCCUCUUCACCCUCCGGAUUCCUGAGGUUUUCUUGUCAGAGGAUUCCCCCAUAAUGAAAGAAGGAAAAUUUGGCAAAAUCCAGCUGCUAGAUAAUGGAGAAGCGCGUCUAGUCGUCUCUGAUGCCGCGUUCCAGCUACUGUGCCCAAAACCAACCACUUAUUCCUCGGAUGUAGUCCUGGUUGAGGAUCAGGAAGACGGUGUAGUGUGUCUGGACUCUCUAGGUCACAUCGAUCAAUGCGUGACCGCUGUGCCUGACCUCCAACGGUUCUCCGACCUUGGCCGCUAG